GACAUUGGCUGCCACAACAAAUAAAAGUGACAUCACCUAUAACCUUACUAUUAAAACUUGUUUUCUUCGACUUGUUUUCGUUUAAUUCUCCGAGAAAAACUUCUUUAAAAUUCGCCAAGAUGUCUUAUAUGCUAGCGCAUUUACACAAUGGGUGGCAGGUAGAUCAGGCAAUCUUAUCAGAAGAAGAUAGAGUUGUGGUGAUACGUUUCGGACACGAUUGGGACCCCUCGUGCAUGAAAAUGGACGAGGUCAUGUACAGCAUCGCUGAGAAAGUGAAAAACUUUGCUGUUAUUUACCUGGUUGACAUCACUGAAGUUCCAGAUUUCAACAAAAUGUAUGAAUUGUACGACCCAUGCACUGUGAUGUUUUUCUUCAGAAAUAAGCACAUAAUGAUCGAUUUGGGUACCGGCAACAAUAACAAAAUCAACUGGCCGCUGGAGGACAAACAGGAAAUGAUCGACAUCGUUGAGACGGUGUAUCGGGGAGCGCGAAAAGGCAGAGGUUUAGUGGUCUCACCUAAAGACUAUUCAACUAAAUAUAGAUAUUAAUCCGCAUUCUGUACAACUAUAAAUAUUAGAUAUUAUUUAUGUAUAAUAUAUAUAUAAGUGUAUGGUAAAUUUUAAAUAAAUUUCAAUCUUCAUCAGGUGGAACCAA